CAGCUCGGUCGGAAUCACAUUCAUCUCCGCAUCUCUGGACAUUUGCAUAGAAGGGACACCCAGAUCCACGCAGGCGCGACCUUCCAGACUUGUUGCAUGCUGGGAUUGAUAUUUAAUAGUGUUGGGAAAAAAUGCGAGUAAUUAGGGGAAGGGGUUGGUGAAUUUUGCUUUUAUGGUUGUGUCCGAUCUAUUUUGCCUUGGGAGUUGGCGUCCGCCUUACCUUUGUGCGUGUGUGGACUGUGUGCACAUGCAUGGUGUCCCUGAUUCGGUAUGGUGGACAACACGGAGUCUGUGACCAGCAGUACGGCGCCCAUGCCCGGCUUGUUGACGGGAGAAGGAUUAAAUCUGGUUCUGGCUGGAAACUCUCAGCUCCACCAUCAGGGAAUGAAGCUGGAGGCUGUGAUGGAGCAUUUGCAGAGACAGCAACAGGCUCGGCUGGAGAUGGAGGGAAGGGAGAGGAAGGACCGAGGGCUCCGGGAAGCCCACAUUUUCUACACUCAGCAGUUUGCUGCCCAGCAGGCCGUGCUGGCCCCUUCCUCCCGGUCGUCCCCGGCAACCCUGGGCAGCAGAACCUUGGCCGCCGGGCCCAGCCUCCCGCGGGUGACCGAUAAGAACAGCAUGGAUUCUGAUCCCGAAGACGACGCCUUUGAGGGCGAGGACCCGGGCAGUGAUCUGGAGGAUGAGGGGAUGGCACGAGGAGGCCAUGAAGAUGAGGAUGAUGAAGAAGAGGAGGAGGAGGACGAGGAGGAGGAGGAAUAUCUCAGGAAACAGGCAGCCUCAGCUGUGCCGCCUCAAAGGCUACCCCCUGCCCACCGCCCGUCUGUUAGUGGACAAUCCCAGCAACCAGGAAGCACUCAGUCAAUUUCGCCAAGUCAAGCACAUUCAAAGUCGCCCCCUGGCCACCAUGAGUGGGGUUACGAAGAACAGUUCAAACAGAUGCAACCUUCUGAUUGGAUGGCAAAUGACCAAUCAGAGUCAGGGGGAAAAAACUCUUUUCGAACAGCCAAUGUGACAGUUCCCCACAUUCCUGGCACUAUUAAACAGAAUGGGAGUCUGGCCUGGAAUGAUGAUGGUGAUGGUGGAAGAGCAAGAGAGGCUGCCAAAGACUUCGCCAAGCUCUACGAACUGGACAGCGAUCCCAAGCGGAAAGAGUUCCUGGAUGAUUUAUUCGUUUUUAUGCAGAAGAGAGGAACCCCAGUGAACCGAAUCCCAAUCAUGGCAAAGCAAGUGUUAGACCUGUACAUGUUGUAUAAACUGGUCACAGAGAAGGGCGGACUGGUGGAAGUCAUCAACAAGAAGAUCUGGCGGGAAAUCACGAAGGGUCUCAACCUACCUACCUCAAUUACCAGUGCAGCCUUUACACUCAGGACACAAUACAUGAAAUACCUCUACCCAUAUGAAUGUGAAAAGCAAUCACUCAGCUCGCCAGCAGAGCUCCAGGCUGCAAUUGACAGCAACAGGCGCGAGGGCAGGAGGCCGAGCUACAGCUCAGCUCUCUUCGGCUACUCGCCUAGCUCGGGCCCCAGCCUUCUGUCCCCUCCCAAGGUCCACCUGUCAUCCAUGAACGUCCCUGCCAGCAAUGGUACUCAUCUCUCUCCAGGACAGAUCAUCAAGAAAGAAUUCCUGCUCCGAUCUCUCCAGCUUAAUUUCUUCCCUCAAGAUGAUCCAUACUUGGCCCUGAGACCAGGUCGAUUUGGUCACCUCUCUAACAUGGCUCAGUAUCUGUCGCAUUCUUCUGGAGCAUCACGUAAUACGUGCCUUGUAACAGAGGAUGUCACAGCUACCUGCUCCCUCACCCCGAGCCGCGUCCACAUCCCAUUGGCUCUGGGGGGCCACCAUUCCGCCGCACAGGCCAUCACCCUGGAGCAGCUGAGGGAGAAGCUGGAGAGCGGGGAGCCCCCGGAGAAAAAGCUGGCACGGUACUCAGAGGAGCAGCAGCGUCUGAUGCAGCAGGCCCUGCAGCAGAACCUGUUCGCCAUGGCAACUCACAUGCCCAUGAGCAUCAAGAUCAACGGGAAAGAUGAUCGACAGGAGCUGGCCUUGAACUUGUCAACAAAUGGCAUCAGCAGCAUCAACAUGUCUAUUGAGAUUAACGGCACUCUCUACACAGGAGUCCUGUUUGCCCAGCGACCCACCGUCCAUGUAAUUGCUGGACCCAGCAGUAGUACUCCUGCCUCACAGAGUACCACCAGUCCUACCUCCGUCAAGGGCCCUGCCUCAGCUGAGCCCUCCACCAGCGGCUCCCCCUGAGGGCGGGCGUCCGAUCGCUGCGUCAGGAAAAGGACUCGUCUCGAUUGUAUUUUUCUAAAAUCUUAAGAAGGCAGGGAAUUUAAGAAAGAAAAUGAGAAUUGCAGAAACAAAGGAGAGAGAAAAAAAAAGAAAAACCAAGCCAGUAAAUGAUUGCACAGAUCUUUCCAGCUCAAGGAACCUACAAGACUAUUAAUUUUAGAAUAUAUUGCCCAUCUCCUGGCUGUCAAAACCUGGUGUUGCCUUCGGGGUCAGAGGGCAAGAGUUAAUUGGACCUGGGUGUGCAGAUGUAACUUCCCGACCUCAGACUUGUAAAACCAUUAUCAGUUCCUCGGCCUGCUUUUCUAAUGGGAAUAGUUUAUGCCAAUUUGUCACCCUGCCCCUGCAUCCUUGGGUUGUGGUUGGGCCACAGCGCCAACACUGGUGGGAAGCUGUAAGUGCAGUGUGACACCUGUACAUAGGCUGUCCCCUUUAUAAAGAACUGAUAAUAGUAACAGCUGACUGGAAAUGCAUGCACACUCAAGAAUAUUAAUAUAUUAUUAUAUAAAUAUGCAGCCCAGUGAUAUGAGUGAUUCACAAUGUGACAGUCUAUCCUUUGUUGGCUACAGAUUCAAAAAGGAGGCAGUCCCAGGUGAGAAUGAGUCUCAUGAGCUAUGGUCAAUUCCUUAAGAACUGUGAGUAGCGCCAAGUUUUUUGUGUGCUUGUAAUAUAUUCAUUGUGAUGGGAGUCACCAUGAGGACACAAGAGACGGCAGAUGCGAGAGUCUGGAGCAACAUGCAAUCUGCUGGAGUAAAUCAGCAGGUCGGACAUCGUCCGAGGGAGGAGACGUAUCCGCAAUGACCGGAAAUGUCGACAGCUUCUUCCUUCUCACGGAUGCUGCUCGACCUGCUGAGUUCCUCCAGCAGAUUCUUACUUUGAGGGUGAUGGUUUAAGAACACUAACUCUUAAAGGGUGUCGAUCCUUGGCUGGGAGGGGGGAGCGGAGGAGCUGUGGGCUUCAGUGCCCCACACUUACCAGAGCCAGUCUUGCCCACGGCUUCCAACUGCAGCUCAGUGCAUGGUGCUUUUGCUUCAGAGUCAUAGCUGCAAGCCCCACCCCAGAGACUUCAGUAGAAAAGUCCAGGUGGGCCCCCCAGUGUGGUACUGAGAAACGGCUGCCCUGUCAACAGUGCGAUCUUUCAACCAAAGCCCUGUCAGUUGGUCAUCGAAGAUCCCACGACCUUAUUGUGAUGAGAAGGGGGAGGGCGGGGUGCUUCCUGGUUCCCUGGCCCACACAUGUCAAUGUCAGCCAAACAGAUAAUCUGGCCACCGUCACAUAGAUCCUCGUGGGAGCUUGCUGUGCAUAAUAAUGGCCGCUGAACUUCUACUGUUACAGCAGUGAGCGCUACUCACAAGGAAUGCCAGGGGUCAUCCUGAGGUCAGGGCCCUGGAAAUCAAGGGCUUUGGUGCCCACUACAUUAGGGAUCCGGAAGAGGACCAACGCUAACAGUUUUCACCCCCUUCCCGGACUAGCCCUCCUGUGGCAGGAGGAGUGCGUGAGGCUUAUAGGCCAGCUAUGGGUCCCCCGUGGAUCCAGGCACCUAUCUGCCCAGGAUCAUCUGAACCAGUGCACUUAAUGCUGAUCUAAUGCAGGAGUUACGGCGUGUUUCUUUGAAGUUUAUUUUACUGGGUUGGGGUGCAGAGGAGUGGAGAAGGUCGAUGAGCAGAGAGUGUGUUUGAAUCGAAUUGUAGGGGAUAUCCCAUCGAGUGAGUAUUGGUGUCAGAGAUGCAGGGGUGAAAUAUGUACUUGGAGUGUGUACGGUGAAAGUGUUGUGAGACCACCCCCCCCCCGCAACUUCCCCACCUUCUCUUAUUUUAAUCGUGAUGUGGCACUUAUCUUUAAAAAAAAGUUGCAUUCUGCAGUAAUUCCUGCUACAGGAAUGAUCUCAGGUUGGGGCAGGGCAGUGCCUGGGGCAGUUACGUGACCCCUAGCAGCAGACACUGAGUUAGACAGCCCGAGUUCACGCGGAUCCGGGGUGGGGUGGGGGUCCAUGGAGUUACACCAUGGCAAAAUUUUGCAGGGAGGCAGCUCAAGGAAAAUAAUCUCAAUCCAGUCAGAUACCGAAAGUAACUAAAACAAUUAAUGCGUAUUAAAUUCCUCUCCCAAUUGCAUCCUUGGUUCAGGUUUGGAGCCUCAGUAGGAUUGGCCAGUGGAAGGAACCAGUCAAUAAUUUCCAUCAAUUGCUUCCCUAUUCUUAACUUAAACUUGAUGGAUUUACCUCCACUACUCCCCCUUGCUGAGAGAGCCCCGACAGACAGCAACUGAAUGUCUAUACGAUUCGUUAAUGCACUUCAAAAGUACUUGAUUGCUGGCAAGGUGCUUUGGCAGCCUGAAGUUGUGAAAGGUGCUACCAAAAUGCAGGGCUCUUUCAUCAAAAAGUCAUGGGCGGGGUGGGAGGAAGAACGUAAAUCAGAACCUAAUAAGGUUGUCCUUGUUCGUACAUCCAUCACAAUCCCAGCACAUCCCGCGGCUUUAAUUUGGUGCUAGUUGGGAUGGCAUAAGCCGACAGAUGGAAUACCCGACACAGGGAGGAGUUACUGGAUUUGGUGAUACACCGCGAGCAGCCUGCAGAUGAGCAGGUCUGUCAGUGUGGCGCAGUCACAGUGUGGAUCGUGGCAUCACCUUCCACUACAUCGGAGUGAGUGUGUGUGUGUGUGGCUGAUGUAUGUCAAUGUGCAUAUAUGAACAUAUCGUUUGUGUAUGCAAAGCAUACGUAUGCUCUUUCCAUGGUAUAUGCAGUGUGUGUGUGUGUGUGUGUGUGUUGUGCAUUUGUAUGUACGCAUGGUGUGUCUGUGUUGUGUCUGGUGUGUAUAUACACAGGAUCUGCUUGUGUGUAUGAAGUGUGUGUGUGCAUACACAAUAUGUGUGUGUAUGGAUGCAGAAUAUAUGUAUUUUGUCUCUGUGGUAUAUGCAGUGUGUGUGGGAGGGGAGGGGCCUGUGCCAGUGUUGAGGGUGAGUGGUUUACCACAGGUAAUUUCCAACAGGUAUUACCGGUGUGCUUGGUGUACCACAGAUAAUAUCCAACAGGUAUUACAGGUGUGUAUGGUGUAGCACAGGUAAUACUCAAUAGGUAUUACAGGUGUGCAUGGUGUACCUCAGCUAAUACCCAACAGGUAUUACGGGUGUGUAUGGUGUACCUCAGCUCAUAUCCAACAGGUAUUACAGGUGUGCAUGAUGUACCUCAGCUCAUAUCCAACAGGUAUUACGGGUGUGUAUGGUGUACCUCAGCUAAUAUCUAACAGGUAUUACGGGUGUGUAUGGUGUACCUCAGCUAAUAUCUAACAGGUAUUACGGGUGUGUAUGGUGUACCUCAGCUCAUAUCCAACAGGUAUUACAGGUGUGCAUGAUGUACCUCAGCUAAUAACCAACAGGUAUUACGGGUGUGCAUGGUGUACCUCAGCUAAUAUCCAACAGGUACUGAUUCCUGUUUCUCAUGGCUUCCUCCCUCCCCCACCCUAGACCAGUGGUGACUCCAGACCCCUGGACUUCCCACCUUGCACGACCAACAGGACAGGUGGACCUCUGUCACCCCCUAUAGUGUUUGUACAAGAGUCCGUGAAGUAAUGUCACUGUUUCAGUAAGUCAGUAAGAGGAAAAGGCAACACACAUCAAAGUUGCUGGUGAACGCAGCAGGCCAGGCAGCAUCUCUCGGAAGAGGUACAGUCAACGUUUCAGGCCGAGACCCAUCCUGUUUGACAACUAGCCAGGUGGCAGUAGCUGGGAACUCUAUACAAUCCUAGACCAAAAUCGCUCUCUGUCGAGUUCACUGAAUUUGGGUAAUGGUGCAAAUGAGCCGUUACUGCCCUUGAGAAGGUGGCAGUGAACCACUGCCCAUAGCAGAAGUAGGCACAACUGUGAAGCAUUUCAGAGGGUAGGCCCAGAGUUUUGCAAGUCUGGAAUCGUGCAUAGGUCAGAUAUGGGAAGGAUUUUAAAUUUCCUUCCCUGAAGGCCAGACAGGUUUUAAAUGUAAAUCCAGUUUUCAUUCCCAAUCUAGUGUAAUGAGACCAAUGGAUUGUUCUUCUCAAAGUUGGCAUAGAAUGAAUGGGCCAAAUGGCCUCUUUUCGUGCUGUGAUAAUUUUGUAAUGCUGUUUUCAUUGGUAACAACUGACAGAUUCAAAUUCCUUUUUUUCUGAAUCUCAGGGUUAAUGUGUUAUUACAGACUAUCCACAAAGUUCUUUACCUUGCCCUAUCCCCACUUUCCCACCCUUUGCAAAGAGCAGUCUGUCACAGUGAGCAACUCACGAAGGCAGACAUUGUUGUUUGGCACAAAAGGAUUGACCUUUGAGAUGAAGAAACUCUUCCUGCAGUUACAAGGAGACUUGUCACACUCUGUCCUGGAAUACUCAGUUCUAUCAGAAAGUAUUCUGAAGAUUAACUAAUCUGACCCUGAGUUAGGUUGAUAAGGUGAGGAGGAAUUGAAUAGAUUCCUGUGGAGCUUAGAUGAUUGCGAGGAGAUCUCAUUGAAACCUGUGGAAGGACAGGAUGAGCAUUAGGGGAAACUUUGCCUGGCAGCCAAGUUCAGAAGCUACAAAGAUUCAGUCCAGUUAAAUUGAAAAGAGGCAAAUGGCAUUCGUAUACAAAAUAACCACCUUGCAUUCGGCCAUUUGUAUGGAUCCCUGCGAUGGGAAGGUCUGCAAAUUCUUGAACCUUCUCUUGCCCAGAGGGUUAUAUUCAUAGAAACAUAAAACAUAGAAGCAACCCCUCCCUCCCUCCAUGUCAUUGCCAAAUAUCCUUCUGUGACAACCUCAUUUGUUAGCACUUGGUCUGUAGCCUUCUAAAACUUAGUGACUCCAGUGUUUGUUUAGACGUUAGACCAUAAGCCAUUCGAUCAGGGUUGAUUUAUUUUCCCUCCCAACCCUAUUCUCCUGCCAUCUCCCCGUAACCUUUGGCACCCUUACUAAUCAAGAGCCUAAACACCUCUUUAAAUAUACCCACAGUUGUAUAUGGCAAUGAAUUCCACAGUUUCACCAACCUCUGUCUAAAGAAAUUCCUCUUUAUCUCUAUUCUAAAGGGAUGGUCCUUACAUUCUGAGGCUGUGCUCUCUGGCCCUAGACUCUCCCACGAUUGGAAAUAGCCUCUCCACGUUUCGAUAUUUGAAAGGUUUCAAUGAGAUAUCCCCCCCCCCCCAUUCUUCUAAACUCCAACUUGUAUAGUCCCAAAACCAUCAAACGCUCCUCAUAAGUUAGUUCUUCCUAGAUCAUUCGGGUGAACCUCCUCUGGACCAUCUCCAAUGCCAACACAUCUUUUCUUAGAUAAGGGGCCCAAAACUGCUCACAAUACUCAAAGUGCGGACUGACCAGUGCCUUGUAAAGCUUCUGCGUCACAUCCUUACUUUUGUAUUCUAGUCCUCUCAAAAUGAAUGCUAACAUUGCAUUUGCCCUCCUUACCACUGACUCAACCUGCAAGUUAACCUUGAGGGAAUCCUGCAUGAGAACUCCUAAGUCUCUUUGCACCUCUGAUUUUUGAACUUAGGAAAUAGUCCUUGCCUUCCUUCCUUCUACCAAAAUGCAUGACCAUGCACUUCCCUACACUACUCCAGUUGCCACUUCGACCAUUCUCCCAAUCUGUCUAAGUCCUUCUAAAGACUCCCUGCUUCCUCAACACUACCUGCCCCUCCACCUAUCUUUGUAUUAUCUGCAAACUUGGCCACAAAGCCAUCAAUUCCAUCAUCCAAAUCAUUGACAUAUAACAUGAAAAGAAAUUAUCCUUACACCACCCUGUGAGUAAUACCACUAGUUACUGGUAACAAACCAGAAAAGGUUCCCUUCAUUACCCCUCUUUGCCUCCUACCAGUAAGCUAGACUCUUUCCCGUGAUACCCUGACCUCUUGUGAGGCAGCCUCAUGUGCGGCACCUUGUCAGAGCCCUUCUGAAAAUCCAAAUAAGCAUCCACUGACUCUCCUUCGUCUAUCCUCCAUGUUUCCCAGUCUGCGUCCCUUGUCACAGUGCAGUUUGUUGCUCUGGUCUAGAGAUGGGAUUAGCUUGAUCUACUGUAGAAAGGGUGAGGGAUUGAGUGAGCAGAUUACCUGAGCUGUGAGUGGUGGAGAGAUGGUGGGGACAGUGGAUCAACAAUCUUUGCUAGUAUAAUGUAGGGAACACUGUGUACAGGGAUUGUCACUAAUUUUUCAGGAGAGAUACCAAAGUGGCCCCUUGUCAAAAGGUUUCACUGGCAAGCUCACAAUUUCUAGCUGUGUACCAGCCAAUCAUUCAAUCCUGGCAGGUUUUAUAUCCUCUCUGUGUGUGUUUAUGUGUGUGUGUAUGUAUAAGUGCGUGUGAAAGAGAGUGUACACGUGGCUUUGUGUGUGUGUACAUGCGAUGGGUAGAUGUAUGGGUGUGCUUGUGCCUAUCUGUGAGUAUUCAAGUGUUUGCAUGAUGUUGUUAAGUAUGUCUGACUGUCGUAUAUGUGUGAGUGUAUCAAGAGUGUCCUUGGAUGUGCAUGCGUGCUCUUGUGUGUACAUCUAGUGUGCACGUCAGUGUGCUAGGGUGUCAGGUGUGUGUUUGUAUAUGUGUGCUUCUGUUGUGUAUCCAGUGUGUAUUUACACAUAAAUUCCUCUGGAUCUUCCCACUGAGCCUACCCCUUGCCUUCGAUCUUCUCCCAUUUUGCCAGGAGGAGAGUGAAAAUCCUCGAUACUUUUCAGAGAGAGUUGCAGGUCCUGUAGAGUAUCCCAUUCCCGUUCCAAAGGCAAAAAGCCCUGUCAUACCCUGUCAUUAUGAAACACUGGCCUUGCCCACGCAGGAUUCCUGUUGGCACUUUCCUCAACACCUGUAGCCCUGACCUUCACUGCUCAGUGUGUCACUUGCCUGUCUGCACUGUCAUUCCCAAUCAACACUGUUCCCCAGUUGUCUUUCCCGCUGCCUCUCAAGUUCAGUUCCACUGGCAUCAGAGGAGGAGUUCACUUGCUCUGUCGAGUGUGUUUUUGGCGCCACUACUGAAGUCAAAUUUCAGUUGGGUCCAAGAGUCUGUUUUCUUGCAGUAUGACUGCUCAUCAUUUGUUCCAGUGAUUUACAGUUUUGUUUUUCUCCUCCGCCCCCCACCUCACCUCCAAACCCCUCCAUCCCACUUCGCCAUCCCACCAAGGUUCUCAGUGAAGGUAAAUUACUGGGGUGUGGAGGGGUGAGUGAUUGACUGGUUGGGGGGGUGGGAAGGGAGAGGAAGGUGGUGGUUGACACACGCAUCGGUACCCUGACCCAAGCCAGUCCAAUUAAGCCAAAAGACCUUAAGACAUGGAAACAGAAUUAAGCUAUUCUGUGCAUCAAGCCUGCUCCUCUGUUGCAUCAUGGCUGAUUUAUUAUUCCUCUCAACCCCAUUCUCCUGCCUUCUCCCUGUAACCUUUGAUGCCCUGACUAGUCAAGAACCUAUCAAACUUUGCUUUCCUAUGUACCCAGUCACUGUCCCCUCCAAGCCGGGGUUGGUGGUAGAGACAGAUACAUAGAAACUAGGUGCAGGAGUAGGCCAUUCGGCCCUUCGAGACUGCACCGCCAUUCAGUAUGAUCAUGGCUGAUCAUCCAACUCAGAACCCUGCACCAGCCUUCCCUCCAUACCCCCUGAUCCCUUUAGCCACAAGGGCCAUAUCUAACUUCCUCUUAAAUAUAGCCAAUGAACUGGCCUCAACUGUUUCCUGUGGCAGAGAAUUCCACAGAUUCACCACUCUCUGUGUGAAGAAGUUUUUCCUCAUCUCGGUCCCAAAAGGCUUCCCCUUUAUCCUCAAACUGUGACCCCUCGUUCUGGACUUCCCCAACAUUGGGAACAAUCUUCCUGCAUCUAGCCUGUCCAAUCCCUUUAGGAUUUUAUACGUUUCAAUCAGAUCCCCCCUCAAUCUUCUAAAUUCCAAUGAGUGUAAGCCUAGUUCAUCCAGUCUUUCAUCAUAUGAAAGUCCUGCCAUACCAGGAAUCAAUCUGGUGAACGUUGUUUGUACUCCCUCUAUGGCAAGGAUGUCUUUCCUCAGAUUAGGGGACCAAAACUGCACACAAUACUCCAGGUGUGGUCUCACCAAGGCCUUGUACAACUGCAGUAGUACCUCCCUGCUCCUGUACUCAAAUCCUCUCGCUAUAAAUGCCAGCAUACCAUUCGCCUUUUUCACCGCCUGCUGUACCUGCAUGCCCACUUUCAAUGACUGGUGUAUAAUGACACCCAGGUCUCGUUGCAUCUCCCCUUUUCCUAAUCGGACACCAUUCAGAUAAUAAUCUGUUUUCCUGUUUUUGCCACCAAAGUGGAUAACUUCACAUUUAUCCACAUUAAAUUGCAUCUGCCAUGAAUUUGCCCACUCACCUAACCUAUCCAAGUCACCCUGCAUCCUCUUAGCAUCCUCCUCACAGCUAACACUACCGCCCAGCUUCGUGUCAUCCACAAACUUGGAGAUGCUGCAUUUAAUUCCCUCAUCCAAGUCAUUAAUAUAUAUUGUAAACAACUGGGGUCCCAGCACUGAGCCUUUGCGGUAUCCCACUAGUCACUGCCUGCCAUUCUGAAAAGGUCCCGUUUAUUCCCACUCUUUACUUCCUGUCUGCCACCCAAUUCUCUAUCCACAUCAAUACCUUACCCCCAAUACCGUGUGCUUUAAGAUUGCACACUAAUCUCCUGUGUGGGACCUUGUCAAAAGCCUUUUGAAAAUCCAAAUAUACCACAUCCACUGGUUCUCCCCUAUCCACUCUACUAGUUACAUCCUCAAAAAAUUCUAUGAGAUUCGUCAGACAUGAUUUUCCUUUCACAAAUCCAUGCUGACUUUGUCCGAUGAUUUCACCGCUUUCCAAAUGUGCUGUUAUCACAUCUUUGAUAACUGACUCCAGCAGUUUCCCCACCACCGAUGUUAGGCUAACCAGCCUAUAAUUCCCUGGUUUCUCUCUCCCUCCUUUUUUAAAAAGUGGGUUUACAUUAGCCACCCUCCAAUCCUCAGGAACUAGGACAUUUAAGAGACAUUAAGGACAUUUAAGAGACUCCUAGAUAGGUACGUGGAUGACAGAAAAAUGGAGGGCUAUGUGGGAGGGAAGGGUUAGAUUGAUCUUGGAGUAGGUUAAAAGGUUAGUACAACAUCAUGGGCCAAAGGACCUGUACUGUGCUAUAGUGUCGUCUUGUGCUAGAGGGUGAUGGACCAAGUUCUGGGCAAUGCAGUUCGCAUGAAUGGGUGUCUACUGGUCAGCGAGAUCAAGUUCCUUCCUGUACAAUUCUGUACUUCUAUGAAGUGUAAAAGACCAUAAGAUAUAGGAGCAGAAUUAGGCCAUUUGGCCCAUCAAGUCCACCAUUCCAUCAUGGCUUAUUUAUUAUCCCCUCAACCCCAUUCCCCUGCUUUCUCCCUAUGACCUUUGACAUCCUUACAAGAACCUAUCAACUUCCACUUGGCCCCACAGCCGUUUGUGACAGUGAAGUCCACAGAUUCACCAACUGUCCAUCACUGGAUGCCAACAAGGAUGUUUGUCCAUUGCUUUGCCUUCCAGAGCCAAUGGUGCAAAGACUGAAUCAUCACAGCACUCCUGUUGAGGAGGUGGAAGAUAAAGCUGCGGCCUUCUCUGUCAGUGGGGUCCUCUCCCCCUGCACACCGAUUGUGUUGGCUCUAGCUAUCCUCCAGUCUAUAAGCAUACCAAAGGAUGCAAUAGGAGAGAGUCGGGAGGAAGGCAGGCUUGAAUAUCGAACUGAUUCAGAAAGCAGUGAUAGUUGAACCAAAGGUAUCCAUUGGGGAUUGGGGUUAGUGGCUAUGCCCUGUCCACCAGCUGAUUCAAAGCCGCUGAUCCUAUCUGAGGGGCUGAAUUGACCACUUUAUGGCUGAGCCAGUGAGAAUCUGUUCUUGGCAUUUCCAAUUCACAUCCCAGAAAUAUUUAUUCACAUCACAGAGGGUCGGUGGUUGGGAACACCAGUGGGCAUACCAGUGCUUCCUUUUGUCUGAGGCAAGCCCACAUGAAUCUUCCAUACUGUCAGAGGUGUGGUUGGGCCAUUGGAAAAGGUGGUGCUCAGUCUUAUGUUUAAUGGGUGUCUCUCGUAGAGGGCCUUAGACCCUGGUGGAACAGGAUGUCAGAUGUUGGGUGAGAUGCUUGUGGAGGUCCCAUGCCACAGACCAGCCAUGUUUACAGUAAAGCCUCUGAUCUCCCAGCAAUACUGGGAAGGGCACAGAGUUGUCUGUGUUGGGAAGUGAGAUAUAGCCAAUCAGUGCUUCCUUUCUGGGGUCUGUGCCAGUGGGUCGUCACAGACUUUUCCAUCUAAGAUGGUAACUGUGCAUCAUGAUAUUGGUCAAGAGCAAUCAAACCUGAAGAUGCUGGAACCAAAACAAGAAUAAAUAAAGAAGUUGCUGGAUAAUACAGGUCAGGUAACAUCCAUGGAGGGGGAAACAGUGUUCCAAGUCAACAGACGUUCCACCAGAUGGGAUCUUUCUGAUGAAAGGUCAUCAGCCUGAAACUCUUGACUGUUUCUCUCUCUCUACAAAUGCUGCCUGACCUGUUGAGUAUCUCAAAUGACUUCUCUACUUUGUUGGCGAUGGAACGAGAAGUCAGACUAGUUUCCCAGGACUUGAUGGGCUCCUCAAAGAAGUCCCACAUGUUUCCUUAUAGGAAUCUCCUCCUACCUAUAGAUUUCCAAUUCAUGUACCAUUGGUUGUGAAGUUUCGAAAUCUCCCAAUUCCAAAGCUGAUUUCUUCAAUCUGAAAGGAAAAUGCAUUUAAUGUUCACCCCUGAUUUUAUUCACUAGAUGUUUAACUGUUGAACCUCAGGGUCAUUGUAACAUUUAAAAUUAUGUUAUAAAUGGAAAGCAGAUGCCUGUUUCUGAUAAAAGGUCUGAAAAUAGGCCGUCAGUCCAAAACCAUGAAUUCCAUUUCUGUCUCCACAGAUGCUGUCUGACCUGCUGAAUAAUUUCCAGCUGUUUCUGCUUUUAUUUCAGACUUGCAGCAUCUGCAGGUUUUUGCUUGUUGAAAGUAUAAGCCUGUUCUGCGAAGGAACAGCUACUAAAUGAAAACAACUACUGUUUGGGAAAAAAAGAAUGAAAUAAUUGUCUGUACUGCUUUGCAGUACAAUUAAUCCAGGUCUUGUGCUACAAAAAGACAAAAAUACCUCAAACUU